AAGAUGGCAGCUCUGGCUCUCCUAUCCUGUCUAACAGGCACUUUUGCGGCAGGAGCUGACGUUCACUUGUACGUGUCACCGUCAGGAAAUGACAACAACAACGGGCUGUCCUCCUCCCAUCCUCUGAAGACUUUGACGAAAGCAGAAUCCAGGCUGUAUGAUGCGGAUGUUAGAGGGAAUGCUGUAUACAUCGAGCUGAUGAGGGGUUACCACGAUGUGACGAGCACGAUUACAUUCACGAAGGAGUACGGCCAUCCAAUCACGUUCAGGUCCUACAAUCACGAAGAAGCUCACGUGACCGGUGGCAAAAGGUUGGGCGCGUCCCAUUUUCACCCUGUCACCAAUCCUCAUGUCUUACAGGUUAUACCGGCUGUCGCCCAUCACAAGGUCCGCCAGUUGCGGUUCUCAGACGUAGGAAUAUCCCUAUCUCAGCUGGGACAAUUGGACAGAUUCGGGUUCUACGCUCAGAGGACGGCACAGUUAGAGGUCUUUUAUAACAGUAAACCUCUCCAGCUCGCCAGAUGGCCAAACGACGGGUCGUAUGUUGACGUCAUCUCUACACCAGAUGGGGAGAAGGGUCACAGAUUUACCUAUUCCCCGAGUCUGGACAGUCGAGCCAGGAAGUGGAAGAACGAAAACGAUCUCUGGGUCUACGGAUUCUGGUACUGGGGAUGGGCGGACGACUCUGUCCACGUGACCAGCAUUGACACUAACUCCAGAACGAUGACUCUCAAUGGAAAAAUCUCAUUCGGAAUGAGACCUGGUAAAAUAGAACCCGGAGCUAGUGCCGGAUACAACAACCAAGGCGGUUAUUUCAACGUCUUCAAUGCCCUGUCUGAGCUUGACCAAGAGGGAGAGUAUUAUAUUGACAGAAAAUCGGGUAUGCUGUACUUAUGGCCACCGGAGCAUUCGGGAACCAUCUCCAACAAUGAUAUUAUAUACGCCUCUAUGAUUUCCGAUAUAUUCCAUUUUUCGCACGUGUCCUCGAUAACCAUACAGGACCUUGUGUUGGAGUAUUGUAGACACAAAGCCAUAGAGGGGGACAAUUUGCAUUCGUGUAAUUUCGAGAGACUGGAAAUCAGAAAUACAGGUUCGUAUGGCAUUGGGAUAUCCUACAGCACUCACAUAACCAUCAGACAGUGCGAUGUCCACGACUCAGACGGUGGAAUAAUCAUCGAUGGUGGUAACCGGAAAACACUCAGCCCUUCCAACAUCCUCGUGGAGAACAAUCAUAUACACCACUUCUCCCGCGCAGGCGCAGUCACACAGCAUGGAAUCUGGGUCGGAGGUGUGGCCGCUAAAGUACAGUUUAAUGAAAUCCAUCAUGGCCGCUAUACCGGGAUUUGGUGGUGGGGCAAUGACAACCUAAUAUACCGUAACCACAUGCAUCACCUGUGUAUUGGGUCCAGUGACUGCGGAGGAAUACACUCAGGACGAGACUGGACAUUUAGAGGCAACUUCAUCAAGCAGAACCACAUCGAGCACGUGUUGCGAUUCUACCCGGGAGCUGACGUCAGAGGCAUCAUGUUGGAUGACGAGUAUUCCAGCGUCACCAUCGAGGAGAACGUGUUUCACAACAACGAACUCCAUCUUAACAUUGGAGGAGGCAGAGAUAAUGUUGUACGUUAUAACGUGUUUUAUAACGCAACAAAAACCGGCAUCGGGAUGGACGGACGGGGAUUAGGUCACACUGGUUUCGCAUCUUCCUUAAUGGAUCGACUUAAAGAACAACCGUACAAAAGCACCAUAUGGGCAAAGAAGUAUCCCAAGCUGGCUGUGAUUGACAGCCAACAGCCGUACGCACCACGAGGUAAUCAAAUCUACAAGAACGUCUUCUACGCUGGAUCGUCCAAGAGCAAGAUCUCUUACCAGGACGUCCAUGACAUUCGCAAGAAGGAAUACUACGAGAUCAGAGAUAAUCUGUUGUAUGCCCAGCCAGGUGACUUUAACAACCGCGCAGCCGGGGACUACCGCUUAAUCUGCGAGGCGAAAACCUGGGCUCAGCAGCAAGGUGUGGGUCAGCCUCCGACAUUGGCGGAGGUCGGUCCUCAUCUUCCUUACGGACCUACUUACAAACACGUGACCAUCCCUCGGAAGACAAACUCGGCAUUACGUACAGACUGUCACCAUUCCACCAGGGCCCCAGCCUCCCAUAUACCACGAGGAGCUUUUUUGAACGACGGCAGCAGGCCAAACACAGUCACGGACAAAGUCGGUUGUUGGUUUAUAAUAACGAAGUGUCCGAACUACCCGAAUAUGAAGGGGAAACAUCGUGACACAUAUGGAGAGCAGCAUAACGGGGCUCAACACAGUGAGAAGGCGUGUCUGGCAAGGGCGGCAGAACAGUGGAAGGCUUGUGGUUCACCCAAGGAUCAGUCUGUCACGGCAGUCUAUGGUCCUACAGGUUAG